UGGGGAGGAAGCAGUGGAUUCGAAGGAGCUACUGGCGGAGGAGGCGGCGGAAGCAGCGGUUUUGGAGGAGCUACUGGAGAAGGCGGUGGCGGAAGCAGCGGAUUUGGCGGAGCCGUUGGCGCCGGCGGUGGAGGAUGGGGAGGAAGCAGUGGUGGUGGUGGUACUGGACCGUACAAGAAACGCGUUCUUGUACAUUAG